CAGCCUCCUGAAUAGCUGGUAUUACAGGGAUGUGCCACCUUGCCCGGCUAAUUUUGUAUUUUUUUUUUUUUUUUUUUAGUAGAGACAGGAUUUCUCCAUGUUGGUCAGGCAGUUCUGGAACUCCUAGGGUCAAGCGAUCUGCCCCGCUCAGCCUUCCAAAGUCCUGGGAUCAGGACUUUGCGAUCCUGGGCAGAUCGCUUGAGCCUAAGAGUUCCAGACCGGCCUCACCAACAUGGGGAAACCUCGUCUCUACUAAAAAAAAUACAAGAUUAGCCUCCACCGUGGACUCAGGUGCAGCUCCCACCUGAACAUGGCACGCGGCAGCAGGGGCUGCAACCUCGACCCUGUCAGCGUCACCAGCAGCGCGGAUCCUUGGGCCAGAAGCCUCCAGGGCGCCUAAGUCAGGGGGUGGGUCCCUGGCUGCAGGAGGGCGGGAACCGACACUCAGUGCCACCCAAGAGGCUGCACCGUGCCCAGCAUCAGGGUCCAGCUCCUGGAUCGCAGGUCGAGGAGGGGCCAGGGGCGGCUAUGUCAAGCGGGCCAUGUGGCAUGGCGCCCCCCACGUUCCGCUCCAGGGAGGCCCGCCAGCCUCGCAGUGCCUCAGCGGCAGUUGCCACCUGCACGCGGUGCCCGGAGAACGCGGCCAGGGCGCGUGUCUCCUCAGCCUGCUGAGCUGCGCAUGCGCUGCUGGCUAACGGCUCUGCUCAGCGCGAUUCUACUGAGAGAGGCCUGAGUGUGCAAGAGCUUGGCGAACACAGAACUUUUUACGGGUAUCGAGGCGGUGCGUGGACUGAAGAAGGGCGAGGGCGAUUGGGGAGGGGUGGGGGGUGGUGGCUGGGAAGGGCGAUCGGGAGGCGCGGGCUCUCUCUAGCAGGUGGCCGCAGCCAUGGAGGGGAUCUCUGCCGCCGCUGGCGAGGUCGUGCCGGGCCCGGAGCGCCCGAGCCCCUUCAGCCAGCUAGUCUAUACCAGCAACGACUCCUACAUCGUCCACUCUGGGGAUCUUAGAAAGAUCCAUAAAGCUGCCUCCCGGGGACAAGUCCGGAAGCUGGAGAAGAUGACAAAGAGGAAGAAGACCAUCAACCUUAAUAUACAAGACGCCAAGAGGAGGACUGCUCUACACUGGGCCUGUGUCAAUGGCCAUGAGGAAGUAGUAACAUUUCUGGUAGACAGAAAGUGCCAGCUUGACGUCCUUGAUUGUGAACACAGGACACCUCUGAUGAAGGCUCUACAAUGCCAUCGGGAGGCUUGUGCAAAUAUUCUGAUAGAUUCUGGUGCCGAUCUAAAUCUCAUAGAUGUGUAUGGCAACACGGCUCUCCAUUAUGCUGUUUAUAGUGAGAUUUUGUCAGUGGUGGCAAAACUGCUGUCCCAUGGUGCAGUCAUCGAAGUGCACAACAAGGCUAGCCUCACACCACUUUUACUAUCCAUAACGAAAAGAAGUGAGCAAAUUGUGGAAUUUUUGCUGAUAAAAAAUGCAAAUGCGAAUGCAGUUAAUAAGUAUAAAUGCACAGCCCUCAUGCUUGCUGCAUGUCAUGGAUCAUCAGAGAUAGUUGGCAUGCUUCUUCAGCAAAAUGUUGACGUCUUUGCUGCAGAUAUAUGUGGAGUAACUGCAGAACAUUAUGCUGUUACUUGUGGAUUUCAUCACAUUCAUGAACAAAUUAUGGAAUAUAUACGAAAAUUAUCUAAAAAUCAUCAAAAUACCAAUCCAGAAGGAACAUCUGCAGGAACACCUGAUGAGGCUGCACCCUUGGCAGAAAGAACACCUGACACAGCUGAAAGCUUGAUGGAAAAAACACCUGAUGAGGCUGCACCCUUGGUGGAAAGAACACCUGACACGGCUGAAAGCUUGGUGGAAAAAACACCUGAUGAGGCUGCACCCUUGGUGGAAAGAACACCUGACACGGCUGAAAGCUUGGUGGAAAAAACACCUGAUGAGGCUGCAUCCUUGGUGGAGGGAACAUCUGACAAAAUUCAAUGUUUAGAGAAAGCGACAUCUGGAAAGUUCGAACAGUCAGCAGAAGAAACACCUAGGGAAAUUACGAGUCCUGCAAAAGAAACAUCUGAGAAAUUUACGUGGCCAGCAAAAGGAAGACCUAGGAAGAUCGCAUGGGAGAAAAAAGACACACCUAGGGAAAUUAUGAGUCCCGCAAAAGAAACAUCUGAGAAAUUUACGUGGGCAGCAAAAGGAAGACCUAGGAAGAUCGCAUGGGAGAAAAAAGAAACACCUGUAAAGACUGGAUGCGUGGCAAGAGUAACAUCUAAUAAAACUAAAGUUUUAGAAAAAGGAAGAUCUAAGAUGAUUGCAUGUCCUACAAAAGAAUCAUCUACAAAAGCAAGUGCCAAUGAUCAGAGGUUCCCAUCAGAAUCCAAACAAGAGGAAGAUGAGGAAUAUUCUUGUGAUUCUCGGAGUCUCUUUGAGAGUUCUGCAAAGAUUCAAGUGUGUAUACCUGAGUCUAUAUAUCAAAAAGUAAUGGAGAUAAAUAGAGAAGUAGAAGAGCCUCCUAAGAAGCCAUCUGCCUUCAAGCCUGCCGUUGAAAUGCAAAACUCUGUUCCAAAUAAAGCCUUUGAAUUGAAGAAUGAACAAACAUUGAGAGCAGAUCCGAUGUUCCCACCAGAAUCCAAACAAAAGGACGAUGAAGAAAAUUCUUGGGAUUCUGAGAGUCUCUAUGAGACUGUUUCACAGAAGGAUGUGUGUUUACCCAAGGCUACACAUCAAAAAGAAAUAGAUAAAAUAAAUGGGAAAUUAGAAGAGUCUCCUAAUAAAGAUGGUCUUCUGAAGGCUACCUGCGGAAUGAAAGUUUCUAUUCUCACUAAAGCCUUAGAAUUGAUGGACAUGCAAACUUUCAAAGCAGAGCCUCCCGAGAAGCCAUCUGCCUUCGAGCCUGCCAUUGAAAUGCAAAAGUCUGUUCCAAAUAAAGCCUUGGAAUUGAAAAAUGAACAAACAUUGAGAGCAGAUGAGAUACUCCCAUCAGAAUCCAAACAAAAGGACUAUGAAGAAAAUUCUUGGGAUACUGAGAGUCUCUAUGAGACUGUUUCACAGAAGGAUGUGUGUUUACCCAAGGCUACACAUCAAAAAGAAAUAGAUAAAAUAAACGGGAAAUUAGAAGAGUCUCCUGAUAAAGAUGGUCUUCUGAAGGCUACCUGCGGAAUGAAAGUUUCUAUUCUCACUAAAGCCUUAGAAUUGAUGGACAUGCAAACUUUCAAAGCAGAGCCUCCCGAGAAGCCAUCUGCCUUCGAGCCUGCCAUUGAAAUGCAAAAGUCUGUUCCAAAUAAAGCCUUGGAAUUGAAGAAUGAACAAACAUUGAGAGCAGGUGAGAUACUCCCAUCAGAAUCCAAACAAAAGGACGAUGAAGAAAAUUCUUGGGAUUCUGAGAGUCUCUGUGAGACUGUUUCACAGAAGGAUGUGUGUUUACCCAAGGCUACACGUCAAAAAGAAAUAGAUAAAAUAAACGGAAAAUUAGAAGAGUCUCCUGAUAAAGAUGGUCUUCUGAAGGCUACCUGCGGAAUGAAAGUUUCUAUUCUCACUAAAGCCUUAGAAUUGAUGGACAUGCAAACUUUCAAAGCAGAGCCUCCCGAGAAGCCAUCUGCCUUCGAGCCUGCCAUUGAAAUGCAAAAGUCUGUUCCAAAUAAAGCCUUGGAAUUGAAGAAUGAACAAACAUUGAGAGCAGGUGAGAUACUCCCAUCAGAAUCCAAACAAAAGGACGAUGAAGAAAAUUCUUGGGAUUCUGAGAGUCUCUGUGAGACUGUUUCACAGAAGGAUGUGUGUUUACCCAAGGCUACACGUCAAAAAGAAAUAGAUAAAAUAAACGGAAAAUUAGAAGAGUCUCCUGAUAAAGAUGGUCUUCUGAAGGCUACCUGCGGAAUGAAAGUUUCUAUUCUCACUAAAGCCUUAGAAUUGAUGGACAUGCAAACUUUCAAAGCAGAGCCUCCCGAGAAGCCAUCUGCCUUCGAGCCUGCCAUUGAAAUGCAAAAGUCUGUUCCAAAUAAAGCCUUGGAAUUGAAGAAUGAACAAACAUUGAGAGCAGGUGAGAUACUCCCAUCAGAAUCCAAACAAAAGGACGAUGAAGAAAAUUCUUGGGAUUCUGAGAGUCUCUGUGAGACUGUUUCACAGAAGGAUGUGUGUUUACCCAAGGCUACACGUCAAAAAGAAAUAGAUAAAAUAAACGGAAAAUUAGAAGAGUCUCCUGAUAAAGAUGGUCUUCUGAAGGCUACCUGCGGAAUGAAAGUUUCUAUUCUCACUAAAGCCUUAGAAUUGAUGGACAUGCAAACUUUCAAAGCAGAGCCUCCCGAGAAGCCAUCUGCCUUCGAGCCUGCCAUUGAAAUGCAAAAGUCUGUUCCAAAUAAAGCCUUGGAAUUGAAGAAUGAACAAACAUUGAGAGCAGGUGAGAUACUCCCAUCAGAAUCCAAACAAAAGGACGAUGAAGAAAAUUCUUGGGAUUCUGAGAGUCUCUGUGAGACUGUUUCACAGAAGGAUGUGUGUUUACCCAAGGCUACACGUCAAAAAGAAAUAGAUAAAAUAAACGGAAAAUUAGAAGAGUCUCCUGAUAAAGAUGGUCUUCUGAAGGCUACCUGCGGAAUGAAAGUUUCUAUUCUCACUAAAGCCUUAGAAUUGAUGGACAUGCAAACUUUCAAAGCAGAGCCUCCCGAGAAGCCAUCUGCCUUCGAGCCUGCCAUUGAAAUGCAAAAGUCUGUUCCAAAUAAAGCCUUGGAAUUGAAGAAUGAACAAACAUUGAGAGCAGGUGAGAUACUCCCAUCAGAAUCCAAACAAAAGGACGAUGAAGAAAAUUCUUGGGAUUCUGAGAGUCUCUGUGAGACUGUUUCACAGAAGGAUGUGUGUUUACCCAAGGCUACACGUCAAAAAGAAAUAGAUAAAAUAAACGGAAAAUUAGAAGAGUCUCCUGAUAAAGAUGGUCUUCUGAAGGCUACCUGCGGAAUGAAAGUUUCUAUUCUCACUAAAGCCUUAGAAUUGAUGGACAUGCAAACUUUCAAAGCAGAGCCUCCCGAGAAGCCAUCUGCCUUCGAGCCUGCCAUUGAAAUGCAAAAGUCUGUUCCAAAUAAAGCCUUGGAAUUGAAGAAUGAACAAACAUUGAGAGCAGGUGAGAUACUCCCAUCAGAAUCCAAACAAAAGGACGAUGAAGAAAAUUCUUGGGAUUCUGAGAGUCUCUGUGAGACUGUUUCACAGAAGGAUGUGUGUUUACCCAAGGCUACACGUCAAAAAGAAAUAGGUAAAAUAAACGGAAAAUUAGAAGAGUCUCCUGAUAAAGAUGGUCUUCUGAAGGCUACCUGCGGAAUGAAAGUUUCUAUUCUCACUAAAGCCUUAGAAUUGAUGGACAUGCAAACUUUCAAAGCAGAGCCUCCCGAGAAGCCAUCUGCCUUCGAGCCUGCCAUUGAAAUGCAAAAGUCUGUUCCAAAUAAAGCCUUGGAAUUGAAGAAUGAACAAACAUUGAGAGCAGGUGAGAUACUCCCAUCAGAAUCCAAACAAAAGGACGAUGAAGAAAAUUCUUGGGAUUCUGAGAGUCUCUGUGAGACUGUUUCACAGAAGGAUGUGUGUUUACCCAAGGCUACACGUCAAAAAGAAAUAGGUAAAAUAAACGGAAAAUUAGAAGAGUCUCCUGAUAAAGAUGGUCUUCUGAAGGCUACCUGCGGAAUGAAAGUUUCUAUUCUCACUAAAGCCUUAGAAUUGAUGGACAUGCAAACUUUCAAAGCAGAGCCUCCCGAGAAGCCAUCUGCCUUCGAGCCUGCCAUUGAAAUGCAAAAGUCUGUUCCAAAUAAAGCCUUGGAAUUGAAGAAUGAACAAACAUUGAGAGCAGGUGAGAUACUCCCAUCAGAAUCCAAACAAAAGGACGAUGAAGAAAAUUCUUGGGAUUCUGAGAGUCUCUGUGAGACUGUUUCACAGAAGGAUGUGUGUUUACCCAAGGCUACACGUCAAAAAGAAAUAGAUAAAAUAAACGGAAAAUUAGAAGAGUCUCCUGAUAAAGAUGGUCUUCUGAAGGCUACCUGCGGAAUGAAAGUUUCUAUUCUCACUAAAGCCUUAGAAUUGAUGGACAUGCAAACUUUCAAAGCAGAGCCUCCCGAGAAGCCAUCUGCCUUCGAGCCUGCCACUGAAAUGCAAAGGUCUGUUCCAAAUAAAGCCUUGGAAUCGAAGAAUGAGCAAACAUUGAGAGCAGAUCAGAUGUUCCCUUCAGAAUCAAAACAAAAGAACGUUGAAGAAAAUUCUUGGAAUUCUGAGAGUCUCCAUGAGACUGUUUCACAGAAGGAUGUGUGUUUACCCAAGGCUACACAUCAAAAAGAAAUAGAUAAAAUAAGUGGAAAAUUAGAAGAUUCAACUAGCCUAUCAAAAAUCUUGGAUGCAGUUCAUUCUUGUGAAAGAGCAAGGGAACUUCAAAAAGAUCACUGUGAACAACUUACAGGAAAAAUGGAACAAAUGAAAAAGAAGUUUUGUGUACUGAAAAAGAAACUGUCAGAAGCAAAAGAAAUAAAAUCACGGUUAGAGAACCAAAAAGUUAAAUGGGAACAAGAGCUCUGCAGUGUGAGAUUGACUUUAAACCAAGAAGAAGAGAAGAGAAGAAAUGCCGAUAUAUUAAAUGAAAAAAUUAGGGAAGAAUUAGGAAGAAUCGAAGAGCAGCAUAGGAAAGAGUUAGAAGUGAAACAACAACUUGAACAGGCUCUCAGAAUACAAGAUAUGGAAUUGAAGAGUGUAGGAAGUAAUUUGAAUCAGGUUUCUCACACUCAUGAAAAUGAAAAUGAUCUCUUACAUGAAAAUUGCAUGUUGAAAAAGGAAAUUGCCAUGCUAAAACUGGAAAUAGCCACACUGAAACACCAAUACCAGGAAAAGGAAAAUAAAUACUUUGAGGACAUUAAGAUUUUAAAAGAAAAGAAUGCUGAACUUCGGAUGACCCUAAAACUGAAAGAGGAAUCAUUAACUAAAAGGGCAUCUCAAUAUAGUGGGCAGCUUAAAGUUCUGAUAGCUGAGAACACAAUGCUCACUUCUAAAUUGAAGGAAAAACAAGACAAAGAAAUACUAGAGACAGAAAUUGAAUCACACCAUCCUAGACUGGCUUCUGCUCUACAAGACCAUGAUCAAAUUGUGACAUCAAGAAAAAGUCAAGAACUUGCUUUCCACAUUGCAGGAGAUGCUUGUUUGCAAAGAAAAAUGAAUGUUGAUGUGAGUAGUACGAUAUGUAACAAUGAGGUGCUCCAUCAACCACUUUCUGAAGCUCAAAGGAAAUCCAAAAGCCUAAAAAUUAAUCUCAAUUAUGCAGGAGAUGCUCUAAGAGAAAAUACAUUGGUUUCAGAACAUGCACAAAGAGACCAAUGUGAAACACAGUGUCAAAUGAAGGAAGCUGAACACAUGUAUCAAAACGAACAAGAUAAUGUGAACAAACACACUGAACAGCAGGAGUCUCUAGAUCAGAAAUUAUUUCAACUACAAAGCAAAAAUAUGUGGCUUCGACAGCAAUUAGUUCAUGCACAUAAGAAAGCUGACAACAAAAGCAAGAUAACAAUUGAUAUUCAUUUUCUUGAGAGGAAAAUGCAACAUCAUCUCCUAAAAGAGAAAAAUGAGGAGAUAUUUAAUUACAAUAACCAUUUAAAAAACCGUAUAUAUCAAUAUGAAAAAGAGAAAGCAGAAACAGAAGUCAUUGUGAGACAACUUCAAAAAAACUUGGCUGAUCUCAAUAAACAGUGUGUGUCUGAGGCUUCACUAGAGGUUACAUCACAUUAUCACAUUAAUCUCAAAGAUGAGAUACAGGAUUUAAUGAAGAAAUGAUUUCAAAUCAAAAGUCAAAACUCAUGACAGACAAGCAGAGACCAGUAAGAAACUUCUUUUGGAGAAACAACAGACCAGAUCUUUACUCACAACUCAUGCUAGGAGGCCAGUCCUAGCAUCACCUUAUGUUGAAAAUCUUACCAAUAGUCUGUGUCAACAGAAUACCUAUUUUAGAAGAAAAAUUCGUGAUUUCUUCCUGAAGCCUACAGACAUAAAAUAACAGUGUGAAGAAUUACUUGUUCACGGUUAUAUAAUAGUAUAACACUGCCAAGGAGUGGAUUAUCUCAUCUUCAUCCUGUAAUUCCAGUGUUUGUCACGUGGUUGUUGAAUAAGUGAAUAAAGAAUGAGAAAGCCAGAGGCUCUGAUACAUAAUCAUAAUGAUAAUUAUUUCAAUGCACAACUACGGGUGGUGCUGAACUAGAAUCUAUAUUUUCUGAAACUGGCUCCUCUAGGAUCUACUAAUGAUUUAAAUCUAAAAGAUGAAGUUAGUAAAGCAUCAGAAAAAAAGUGGGUAUUCCUACAAGUCAGGACAUUCUACGUGACUACAAUAUAAUCUCACAGAAAUUUAACAUUAAUACAUUCUAAGAUUUAAUUCUUAGAUUCUUGGUAAACGAAUUGCUCCUGUGGAGAUGAUUGGCAUCACAUGGUGUUUUGAGCUGAUACGCCCAACACUUGAGCUCACUGCAAUAGUACCAGAUUUUCACCGCUAUGCCUCCUUUCACUCUGGGAGUCUUCCAGAGGUCUUGCACUCGGGAGAGCAUGCUCAGGUUUCCCCAGCUCUACAAAAUCACCCAGAAUGCCAAAGACUUCAACACAAGGAGUCCACACCAUGGAAACCAAUUGCUCAUCUUUUAAGAAUACCAUAUGGAUACUUACAUAUAGGCAUGAAUUAAGCAACUAGGCCUUUCAACAGUUUUGGAGAAGGCCAUUUCCCACUUUUAAAAUAAAGAAUGCUCCUAUAAGAUCAGUAUGUUCUUGUUACUGAUUGUCAGAAAGCUGGUUUUGAGACUGCAGCUUGGACUAAAUUCAGUCAUCUGGCUGUCUGGGGAAGCAUGCUGACCAGUCUGGUGUUCUUUGGCAUCUACUCAGCCAUCUGGUCCACCAUUCUCAUUGCCCCAAAUAUGAGAGGACAGGUAAGUAUGCCAGAUUGGAAGUUUGCCUUCUGUGUCUUGUGAUAACAAUGUUUCUCCAUGUGUAGGCAAGCAGGCUCUCUGUGUUUUACAACUGUAUUGAGGUUCGAUAGACGCUGGUGCUACCUCUUUCUGUCAGGAUCUAUCAGGAGGUAAACCAAAUUAAAGCACCUGGAAGAUGUCAUCCAAUCCACAGAAAUGGCAUUUCAAAUGUAAAGUAUUAUAAAAAGUCAACCUAAAUCCCCUUACUUACCUGGCAUGUCCACAUUUUCAUAAUAAAUUAUGUGUUAAUUGCACAUAGUACUGAUAUGUGCAGUUUAUGGCCCUUUGGAAACUGGAGCUAUUUUGAGUUGCUCAUAAUCCAGUGAUUAUACUGGUUACAGUUUUGAUGUUGUACUCUGAUUAGUAGUUAUCCUCUGCUGAGUCAUCUGUGGAAGUUAAAUCUAACAGCUCUAUGAACCAGCAUCUCUCAUUGUUCCGUCUCUUUGAACUAGAAAGACUGAGAUUAAAGGUCUUUAUACUCACUUGAAUGUCUUUUUAUUUUUUUCUUUUAUAUUACCUUUUUCUAGUGCAUGAGAUUCAGCCAUCAACCGUGAUGAACUGGAUCAUGGAAUCUAACAAUAUCAAGUUUGGAUAGAAAGGAGCUUGGCAAUCUUGUGGUCCAUACCUCCUCAAUUUACCAAGGAAGCUGUGCAAGCUCAGGUCUCCAGGUUCAUCCCAGAGACCCCACCCUGGGGUUGCCCGCAGCAUUCCUGUCCUUAGACCCCAAAAACAGGUUGCUGGGCCCUGUAUUUAGGGACCUCUGCACUGGCUCUUCUUCGCUGGGUGUAUUUCUCUGCACAGAGUGAAAAGCUGUGAUGCACACAGCCAGUCUUCCCACUUCUAAUCUGUUCUCUGGGCUCCCAGGAACCCAAGCCUCUUUCUCAAACAGUCAAAUGCCCACUGCCCAGGCCUGCCUGGGCCUCCUUCCAGAUCCAGGCCAGUUUGCACAACCUUAGGCCCAAGGGACAGUUGUUUGCAAGGGGUGUGCACUGAGUAGAUUGAUGUUUGCACUGGUGUUUCCACCGACGUUUAAAGGAGGAUGUUCAUGCUGGGGCACAGAACCCAGGUGGAAAGGGAAGAACUGUGGGUCAGACUUUAAUUGGUGUUUCCCACCCAGGAAUACAUAUUUUAGGGGCAGGUCUGGGCAUGGCACAGCUGUCUGCUAUCUCUGCCUCACUUACUCUGCGGAAGUAAACAAAAUCCCCUGGGUUGACCCAAGUCUAGACUGUGUCCAGCAGCUGUUUCUUGUGAGGUAGCCCUGAGUAGUGUUGCUUGUCUUUUGACCUGGUGGCUCAAUUGGCUAAUAUCCCAAGGUGCAGAGGACCUCCACUGAGGAUGCUGAGUGGGAUGGACCUGUCCUGCAGGAGCGGGCGUGCUUGCCCUCUAAUGCAUUUUUGCAUUUUGUAAGAAAAGAGGACAAAUGUCUAAUGUGCUUUUCAGUUCUUUUCCAAAUUCAGACAAUAGAGGAAAUUAGAGGGGAUUCAAUAAACCCAGAAGAUUGUUGUGUAGCAAAAUGAGCAUUUCCAACAAAGAAACUUUGUGUGUUUAAAGAAAGCAAUUCUAUUUUAAAGCAGCAUGAUUGAGCCCCACAAAACAAAGUGUCAGCUACAAGACAACAAUCUUUUGGUAAGGUAUUGGGGCUUAUGAUAUCUGUUUUGUGCUCUCUUCCUUCUGGUUCAGAGUUGAUCUGCUAUGAUAAAUAUUUUAUUUGGGGAGUUUUUUGGUACUGGACAAUAAACAGGGCCACAGCUGAUUGCCAGAGAUGAUUUUCUAAAUUAGAGGACAAUGACAGCUGACAGGAUGGGUCACUUGGUUUGUGACUGGCAAACUAAGCCCAUUUGUCUAGGUUCCUAGGUUGGUGAACGCUCAGAAGUGAAGGGUAUUCUAGGAAAAAACUGCUUUUUAUAGGCCCAGCACGCUUCCGCUGCACAACUCUGCUAUCGAAAAGACUUUUUUUUUUUUUUUUAGACACAGUCUUCCUCUGUUGCCCAGGCUAGAGUGCAGUGGCAAGAUCUCGGCUCACUGCAACCUCCACCUUCUAGGUUCUAAGCGAUUCUCCUGCCUCAGCUUCUGGAGUAGCUGGGAUUACAGGUGUGUACCACCACACCUGGCUAAUUUGGUAUUUUUAGCAGAGACAGUGUUUCACCGUGUUGGCUAGGCUGGUGUCAAAUUCCUGACCUCAGGUGAUCCACCGGCCUCAGCCUCCCAAAGUGCUGGGAUUUCAGGUGUGAGCCACCAUGCUUUCAAAAUUACUAUUUGAAUAAUGCUUCUGAUAA